CAUUGACCGGGCAUAUUUAAUCCAUGAUUUUUACACCUUUAAUGAAAUUAAAGUGAUCGUCUCACAGCACCAAGUCAGAAAAUAAAGGAACCAACCAUGUUUGCUGGGAGCCCAAAAAAGAAAGAUGAGUGCGCAACAGCAAUAUAUCAAAAGAAAAGAGACGGGGUUGGUGGCCGGAGGAAGCAUCAUAGGCUUUGGACUAUUGCUGAGGUUAAAAAAUUAGUUGAUGGUGUCGCUGAGUAUGGUGUUGGAAGAUGGAGUAGGAUAAAAAAGAUUUACUUUCCUGCAUCUGCCCAUCGUACCUCUCUAGAUCUCAAGGACAAAUGGCGAAAUCUUUUGAAAGCAAGCGGUUUGCAGGGACGACACAAUGAACAGGGAGAGAAGAAGCGCAACGUGGCAUGGCGGCCUCUGCCAAAGUCCAUCUUGCUGCGCGUUUGUGAAUUGGCGGCAAUGCACCCUUAUCCCAAGGGCGGGAAACCGAAGACGGGACUUAUUCGCCAUGUUUCUCCAGAUAAAAGUACCGAUAUUACAUUGAGCGACUAUAGAAGGAUCUUACGAAGUAUUAGCGGUAGUUGAUCUUUCUGUUCUGUUUGUAUCAUCAAUAGAGGGGUUAGGCCAUUUCCUGAACUGACUGUUUCUUCAGACACAUCUAACGGAUCGAUAAGCAUCCUACGUUUUUGGAA